UGUGGAUCCCAGCUCUUUACUGGGGGCCAGGGAUGCGAGCGACCAUAGAGAGGGCGUGGGAGGAGCGAGCGGCCGGAUACGGUCACCAUAGAGACGGGUGACUGACAGACAGCGGAAGAGGAAGCCUCGGGCCGCGGCGUGAGGUGGCAGCUGCAUCCGCGGCGGAGCCGGAUCCUCCAUCGGCCCUGGGGUCUGUUCACUCUUCCCGGUCUCAGCCCUCCGCCGGGGUCCCUACGCACGCCUCCGGGUCCCCAUGUCCCGCCGGAGACCCUGUCACCUUCGAUCCGGCCUCCGCCGACCCCAGUCCGGCUGCUGGGGCCCCCUCCCUUGGGGAUCGGGCGCCCCCAGUCGCCAGCUGCCUCGCCUCGGCCGAGCGGGCUGAGGACGCCGACUCCGGCUCCGGUCCCGGCUUCGACCUCCCUCCCUCCCUCGCUUCCGCUCGCCGGCCCGCGGUUCACAGCAGCUGGACCCCGCUCCUCCGCUGUCUGUUUUAAGACUCGCUUUGGCCCUUUCUUCUGGGGCUGGCUCGGGCUGCGGGCGCCGAGACGGGGCCGGCCGUGGGUCCUGGCGGAAGGCAGCCGCGCUCCUGCUGGCCUUCUCAGAACCCCUGUGUUCUCCAGCUGCUGCUCGUCGCACGCACGGUUUGCUUUCCGCUUGUUUGGCGUGGUCCCCGGGGCCCAGGGAAAGCCAGGCAGCAUUUGCUGGCACGCAGCAAGAGUGCCUGUAAUUUGUACGCUGCCUGCCCUCAGGAGGGUGGGCAGCAGAGCCUGGCAGCAGCUGGGAUACUGAGACAAAUGCCCUGCAAAAUGGCUCCAUGGGGCACUGCGCUCCUCUGAGCGGCCGUCAGUGCUGAGUCACCGCGUGUGCCCACCUCCUUUGAUGUGGGCUGGCUGGUGUGCACCGUGCGCCGCUGCUGACUGCUCCUGAGAGGGAGGGGGGCUUGCUGUAGCCAUUGUGUGUCCUUGGUACUUGAGAGCAGGGCGGAAAGAGCCCCUGGCUCCUUGCCUUUUGCUGGUCUGCAGCAGUUGGUCAGCAGCCUCUUCAACAGCUUGAGUGGGGAUGUUGCUAGGUGGUCUUCAGAAAAGGGAAACUGAGGCAGCUGCCUCUGGUUGGACAGUUGCUUUGAUGUAUCAUGUGCUUUUCCCUAAGCCCUUCUUUAUCAGUUGCUGCCUUCUUUUGACUUAGGCCCAGUCUGCAUUUGUGUGUUGUCCUUUUUUGGGUUAGGUUUGAGAGUACUGAGCUUUGCUCCUCUCCUUCCUACUGGAAGGCACACUGUAAUCUCAGGAGCAAAGGAAACCAUUUGCAUGUGUGUACUGCUUGGGCUGAAGGGUGAAUCUCACACCUUGGUGACUGAAGACCAGGCAUCUGGAGUGUAGAGUCAGCUCCAUCGAUCUUCCAGGGGAUGCCUGGCCUGGAAGUCAGCACACCUUGCUCUGUUGUUGACCUUGUUCACCCCGCGUUCCCUGGCUAAGACUAAGCCUACUGCUGGCCUGGUGCCCAUCGACACAUUGACUCUUGAAGCUGUGCCCACGGGUGCACCCUCAUGGUCAGGCCUGUCACCAUGCGACUGAGCUCCCUGUUGGCUCUGCUGCGGCCAGCACUACCCCUCAUCCUAGGACUGUCACUUGGAUGCAGCCUGAGCCUCCUUCGGGUUUCUUGGAUCCAGGGUGAGGGAGAGGAUCCCUGUGUAGAGGUUGUGGGGGAGCCAGGAGGGCCACAGAAUCCAGACUCAGGACACCAGCUGGACCAAAGUGAUGAGGACUUCAAACCUAGGAUUGUCCCCUACUACAGGGAUCCAAACAAGCCCUACAAGAAGGUGCUCAGGACUCGGUACAUCCAAACAGAGCUGGGCUCUCGAGAGCGGUUGCUGGUGGCCGUCUUGACUUCCCGGGCCACACUGUCUACUCUGGCCGUGGCUGUUAACCGCACAGUGGCCCACCACUUCCCUCGGCUACUCUACUUCACCGGGCAGCGAGGGGCCCGGGCUCCCUCAGGGAUGCAGGUGGUGUCCCAUGGGGAUGAGCGGCCUGCCUGGCUCAUGUCGGAGACCCUGCGCCACCUUCACACACACUUUGGGGCCGACUAUGACUGGUUCUUCAUUAUGCAGGAUGACACAUAUGUGCAGGCCCCUCGCCUGGCAGCCCUUGCCGGCCACCUCAGCAUCAACCAGGACCUGUACCUGGGCCGGGCAGAGGAGUUCAUCGGGGCAGGCGAGCAGGCCCGGUACUGCCAUGGGGGCUUUGGCUACUUGUUGUCACGGAGCCUCCUGCUUCGCCUGCGGCCGCACCUAGAUGGCUGCCGCGGGGACAUUCUCAGUGCUCGUCCUGAUGAGUGGCUUGGCCGCUGCCUCAUCGACUCUCUGGGCGUUGGCUGUGUCUCACAGCACCAGGGGCAGCAGUAUCGCUCCUUUGAACUGGCCAAGAAUAGGGACCCCGAGAAGGAGGGGAGCUCGGCUUUCCUGAGUGCCUUCGCCGUGCACCCUGUCUCCGAAGGCACCCUCAUGUACCGGCUGCACAAACGCUUCAGUGCUCUGGAGCUGGAGUGGGCUUACAGUGAAAUAGAACAACUGCAGGCCCAGAUCCAAAACCUGACAGUACUGACCCCCGAGGGAGAGGCAGGCCUGAGCUGGCCCAUCGGACUCCCGGCUCCCUUCACACCGCAUUCUCGCUUUGAGGUGCUGGGCUGGGACUACUUCACUGAGCAGCACACCUUCUCCUGUGCAGAUGGGGCUCCCAAGUGCCCUCUGCAGGGGGCCAACAGGGUGGACGUGGGUGAUGCUGUGGACACUGCUCUGGAGCAGCUCAAUCGGCGCUAUCAGCCCCGCCUGCGCUUCCAGAAGCGGCGGCUGCUCAAUGGUUACCGGCGCUUUGACCCAGCACGGGGCAUGGAGUACACCUUGGACCUGCUGUUGGAAGCUGUCACUCAGCGGGGGCACCGGCGGGCCCUGGUUCGAAGGGUCAGUCUGCUGCGGCCACUGAGCCGCGUGGAAAUCCUGCCUAUGCCCUAUGUCACCGAAGCCACCCGAGUGCAGCUGGUGCUACCACUCCUGGUGGCCGAAGCUGCAGUGGCCACAGCAUUCCUGGAGGCCUUUGCAGCCAGCGUGCUGGAGCCUCGAGAGCAUGUGCUGCUCACCCUGCUGCUGGUCUAUGGGCCCCGGGAUGGUGGCCAUGGGGCCCCAGACCCAUUUCUUGGGGUGAAGGCUGCGGCUGCGGAGUUGGAGCGGCGGUAUCCUGGGGCAAGGCUGGCCUGGCUUGCUGUGAGAGCAGAGGCCCCUUCCCAGGUGCGACUCAUGGAUGUGGUGUCCAAGAAGCACCCCGUGGACACCCUCUUCUUCCUCACCACCGUGUGGACCAGGCCUGGGCCCGAAGUCCUCAACCGCUGCCGCAUGAACGCCAUCUCCGGCUGGCAGGCUUUCUUCCCAGUCCAUUUCCAAGAGUUCACCCCUGCCCUGUCACCACAGAGGUCACCCCCAGGCCCUCCAGGGGCUGGCCCUGACCCCCCAUCCCCUCCUGGCUCGGACCCGUCCCGGGGGGCCCCUGUUGGGGGCAGGUUUGACCGGCAGGCAUCGGCAGAGGGCUGUUUCUACAAUGCUGACUAUCUGGCGGCCCGCGCCCGGCUGGCUGGUGAACUGGCAGGCCAGGAAGAGGAGGAAGCCCUGGAGGGGCUGGAGGUGAUGGAUGUUUUCCUCCGGUUCUCAGGGCUCCACCUCUUUCGGGCCGUAGAGCCAGGGCUGGUGCAGAAGUUCUCCCUGCGGGACUGCAGCCCCCGGCUCAGCGAGGAACUCUUCCAUCGCUGCCGCCUGAGCAACCUGGAGGGGCUGGGGGGCCGUGCCCAGCUUGCCAUGGCCCUGUUCGAGCAGGAGCAGGCCAACAGCACCUAGCACCCUCCCUGAGGGUCCCUCGUCCACCUCUGCCCCAGGAAGGGCAAGGCAAGGCGAUGGACAGAGGGCAUGUUGCUGUAUUUUUUUAAAUAAGAAAGUAUUAUUAAAAAAUGUUUUCUACCAAAA